GUGGCAUCUUCAGUUGGACAUUGACCUCCGUGAGAUUCAGAGUUAGAAGGAGUUCAAGGGUGAUACGCACAAAUCAUAGGGACGCCAUAAAAAGUACAUUAUCUUUCUCUCUUGUUCAGUGUUUUAAAAUACCAGGAAGCAGAGUACAUUCAAAGAGGAUGAAACCAUUGACAAUUUUGGAGCUACUUCUAAUUUUUCUACUCAUUGCAUUUGCUGCAUAUGCCAGAGUAAUCGAUCCAGAUGAUAUUCGUAAUCGUGGUUCAUUCAGGGAGGCGAAAAAUGAGAAGCAAAGCAAUCUAGACGUAUCACUGUCUUCACUAAAGCAGGCCACUGAUAACGUUAACAAGUACUGUGCUUGCAAUGAAAAUGUUUGCAACUGCUGCAGAGAAUUUCACAUCCCACUUGUCCAAGUAAAAGGGCCAGGUUGCGCCUCUUUGCAGUACAUGCACGGUGAUAAUCUAGCAGUUCAGCUGAGUUUUGGUGAAAAUAUCUUAACUAGUACUAUUGUCAAGGGAAAGAAUCCGCAGCCCGUUUGUGUUCCUUUACCAGGUGGAUUUUCGAAAUUUUGUGGAAGAAUAUAUUCAAUUAAGAGAGAAGCUGAUAAUCAUUUCAAAGCUUGUUUGGGGCUUGAAUUGCAAUCUGCUACAGAUCUAGAAGCAAGUUUGCGUGUUAGCUGUUUUAGAUUUGGCCCUGAUGGAUUAAAACUUCGACCUGCUGAGCCACUUCCUGUGGUAGAAACUGAAGCUCCUGUCGAAGAAGAUGACGAUGACAUUUUUGGUUUUGGAUCGGAUGAAGAUGACGAUGACGAAAAUGAUGAUGAUGAUGGCGAUGAAGAAGAAGAUGCAACUAAUCUUGAAACAAAUGUAGCUACAAUUACAUCGAGUUUAGGUGACGAAGAUGAUGAAGAUGAAGAUGAUGUAUUAGGUUUUAGUGCUCUUCUUAAUAUUUUUACUGGUGACGAAGAAUUUACGACAAAAAAACCAAAGACAAGCACUCCAUCAUCAAGUAUAGCAGCAUUUACAAUACCCCUGUUAAGUACAAGCGUUAAUUCGUUUGCUAAUGAUCAAAAUUCGAUGACAACCAAACAACCAGCUGUUGAAAUUAGUACCGUGAAUAAAAUAAAAGUUUCCACUGGUACUAAUAAUUUAGAUAUUAACGACAAACCAACUGUUGAAGCUCUUGAAAGUUCUGCCGAGAAUAGCGAUUCCGAGGACACAGGAGAAGUUUUAGCAACUUCUAGAAAUCAAACAAAAAUUAAAGAUACAGAACAAUAUGAAGCUUUGAAUAACGUAAGUCAUGGAUCGAAACCAAACAGAACAGCUAUAAAUAAAACUAGUUCUUUAAGCAAUAUUAUUAAACCAAGUAUCACUUCCAGCAGCAUUAACGUCAUUAAACAUUAUCAGAAGAAGCCGGUAAGGAAGUAUAGUAAACCAAAGCCUACAAAGAUUGAACAAAUUGUAGAUGAUAAUGACGAUAACGUGGAUAAUAUGCUUGAAGUGGAAGAUUCUGAUGCAGAAGUUUAUGAAAACGAAUACAUUCUAGAGGCUCACGACGAUGAGAAAAAAUUUAACCAAAAUGAGGAUGCUGAUAUUAAUGACCAUGAUGAUAAUAAUGAAGAUGAUGACGGUGAUGGUGCUGCUGAUGAUGAUGAUGUUGAUGAUGCUGGUGCUAAUAAUGAUAAUGAUGAUGAUCAUGAAAAUGUUGACGAUGACAAUGAUGAUGAUUAUGAUGAGGAUGAACAAGAUGAUAAUAAGUAAAAAGUUCCCAGUUUAUUUACAUCAAAAAUACGAGAGUAUGAAAGACAAAGAUAUUGAUGAACUUAUCCAGGACAAUAUUAAUAACAAAAAAGAUGCUAUAUCUAGUGCUUUGAAAGCGAUCCAAGUCAACAGAAUGAGGCUAUAAAAUCUCAUUAGUUGUCAAUUGUAUAUAAUAUUUGGGAAUUCAUUUUACUUAGUAAAAGUCAAACCCGUUUUUUUGAAGAUGCACAAAGUGUUGCAAAAUAUUAUAUCUUAUUUAUCAGUAAAUUGUAUUUGUAACUGAUUAAAUUUUCGUUCAAGCAGUUUCAGUUGAAUGAGCUUAAAUUAUCUCUUCGUAUUCAAUAUUAAAAGAUUAAGAUAAAAUUUUACACGUUAACAAAUUCAUUCCAAAUAGGAUAUGGUGAUGCAUACUUAAACAACAGAAUAAUUUCAAAACACUAUAUGUUGUUUUUAAGGGACUUAGACGAGAAAAAUAUUCGCUUUUUUAUCAAUAAAGAGACGAGAUGCGCAAAAGUCAAAAGGGCGAAUUUAAAUAAAGGCAUUUUUUAAACAAA